AUGGAGGCGCUGCAGGACUGCGCGAUCGUCUGCUUCGCCCAAGCCCUCCCCGCAUCGAACUGCUCCGUCACCGAUAUCGACUGUCUAUGCUCCGAUGACAAGCUAAUCGCCGAUACAAGAUCAUGCAGUCUCGACGCGUGUACAAUCAAAGAGAGCUUAUUAUCCCAAAAGGCUCUAACUACUGUAUGUGGCUGGCCGGUUACGGAAGACAAACGCGUCUUCCCUGUCAUUCUCAUCCUGGGCAUGGUCCUCGCGGUGAUUGCGGUGGGCAUGCGCGUUGCUGUGCGAGUGCGCACUAAGACCCUUGGGCUUGAUGAGCUCAUGGCUGUGUUGUCGGUGGCCGCGAUUGUUGCGCUGUCGGGCUUGGGUAUUGAAAACCAAAAGCUGGGACUAGGCAUCGACACAUGGUUCCUUUCGUUCCAGGAGAUCACGGAUUUUUUGCACAUCUACUUCGCCAUCGAAUCCCUCUACCUCGCCUCAAUCGCCCUAACGAAAAUCUCCAUGCUCCUGCUCUACCUGCGCCUCUUCCCCGCUCGCCCAAUCCAACUCGCCACGAAAAUUACUUUACUACUAACAACCGCCUGGGGAAUCGCCAUGCUCCUGGCAAAUGUCUUCGCAUGUCAACCGAUAAACUACAUGUGGCUAAGAUGGGACGAAGAGCACGAGGGCAAGUGCAUUGACCAUGAAGCGGUCAUGGCGAUCCACGCAAUAUUGAAUAUUGUUUUCGACGUGCUGAUUAUUACCCUCCCCAUGCCGACGCUGCUUAAGUUGAAUAUGUCGGUGAGGAAGAAAGUGGGCGUUAUUUUUAUGUUUGCUGUGGGAUUAGUGGUGACCUUAAUCUCAAUCUUCCGCUGCAUCUCACUAAUCCGCUUCGACAUCUUCGAUAAUCCAACAAAAAACAUCGUCACAAUCUCCAUCUGGUCCGUCGUCGAAGUCGACCUCUCCCUAAUCUGCGCCUGCAUGCCCAGCAUCCGCGCCUUCAUCUCCUACAUCCACGCCCUCAUCUACGGCACCCCCUCAAGCCAGUCAUACGGAUACGGGUACGGGUACAGUUCUGGUCCCCGUGGCGGGCCAUCAGGGACCGGGAAGCUUGUGCCGGCGCCGUCGGCGGUCCGCUCGGGGACGUUCGACACGGAUGAGGAGUUUGAUGCGGGGGCUUGGAAGGGCGGGAAGUUCAUUGCGUUGCAGGAGACGGAGUGUUGGAGUCCGGCGGAGAGUAGAAGUGGGGGGAAAGCAGAGGGGAGGAGGCCUGGCCCUGGACCGGGGCCGGGGCCCGGGGAGGUGCUUGUUACGAGUCGGAUUGAGAGGGAGGUUGAGUAA